CAACUAACUAAGCGACUUGACAAAAAAAAAAUGGAGUUGCCGGAGGGAUGCAUCGCGAACAUUAUUGCUCGCACCACGCCCAAAGACGCAUGCAGGCUCUGCGCCGUUUCCAAGCUCUUCAAAUCCGCCGCUGAUUCUGACUAUGUCUGGGGUCGUUUCCUCCCUUCCGAUGUCGUUUCCCUCGUUUCCCACUCUCAAUCUCACUCUUCCUUGAUCACACUCUCUACUUCCAAUAAAUCCCUCUAUCUCGCCCUCUCCGAUAGCCCAAUCGUCAUCGACCAGGGUAAAAUGAGCUUUCAAUUGGACAAAAAGAGUGGGAAAAAGUGCUACAUGCUAGCUGCUAGAGCUCUGACCAUUGUUUGGGGUGACACUCCGCGAUACUGGCAAUGGAUACCCUUGGAAGAGUCCAGGUUCUCAGAAGUUGCUCGACUGGAACAUGUGUGGUGGCUUGAGAUUCGCGGGGUGUUGAGUACCCUUGUCCUAACCCCAAAUACUCACUAUGCAGCUUAUCUUGUGUUCAGUAUGGAGGAAGACAGAAUUGGAUUUCAAGACUGUCCUGUGGAGUUAUCAAUAGGCAUGCUAGGUGGUGAGGCUAGCACCAAGAAUGUGAUUCUUGAUCCAGAAUCAGACGGGGUACGGCAGCUUCCAAAUCUAAGAGGUAAUCCCUGGCUGGAGAUUGAGUUUGGGGUGUUUUUUGUUUCGAGCACAGAAGAUGAACAAGUUCAAAUGAGUGUUGUGGAAACUGAGGCUGGUGUCCUAAAGAGUGGUCUCAUCAUUGAAGGAAUUGAAUUUAGGCCAAAGGAAGAUAAUUAAUUAAGAAGCCAAGCCAUCGUUGAUUUGCACCAACAUAACUGCAAACUCUUUCUGAAGAUUUUAAUGGCAUUAUUUCUUUUUGUUAUUCUCAUUACUAAUAUUGAGGAAGGCUAGGCGAACAAUUUUAAAAAUUGGUCUAAUUACUCUGUAAGUUCCUAUAGUUUCGCUAAAUUUUUAAUUAGGUCUCUAUAAUUUUUUUUUUCUUUUGAUCGAGUCUUUGCACCAAAUUUUUUUUAAUUGGGUCUUUACACCUUUUUUUUCUUUUAUUUGGGUCCCUGUAAUAUUUUUUUUAGUUGGGUCCCUAUAAAAUUAAGUCAAUUAUUGUCAAGAGGGAUUUAAUUGAAAAAAAAUUUAGUGUAAGGACCCCAUUAAAAGAAAAAAAGGUACAAAGACUUAAUUGAAAAUGGUGCAAAACUAUAGAGACCAACAAAGUAAUUAAAUGAGUUAAUACUCAAAAUGGUCCCUAAAAUUUGGAGACAGACUAACCUCCAAAAUUUCAAUUGACUCAAUUUGAAUCCCCAAAUUCGAAUAAAUGACUCACGUUAGCCCUUC